GUCCGGGCGCUCGGUGCGCUAUUCCCGGCGGCGUUCCCGGUAACAUUCCCGACAGCACCCCUUGCCGCCAUGGAGCUCGCCUGCCAGGCGCUGAGAACCACCCACCAGGCGAGGGAAGCGGAGGAGAUGCGAACAGAAGCUCGUCGGAAAAAUCUCCUCAUUCUAAUUUUGCAUUAUUUAAUGGAGGAAGGAUAUGUUGAUGCUGCAAAUGCUUUGGAACAAGAGACAAAAUUAGGUUUACGUGGCUUUGAAGUUUGUGACAACAUUGAUCUUGAGACAAUUUUGAUGGAAUAUGAAAGCUACUAUUUUGUAAAAUUUCAAAAGUAUCCUAGAAUUACCAAAAAGGUCCUGGACACUGAAAAUAAACAACAGCUGAGAAGUGGAGGAAGAGCAAGAAGGACAGCAGCUUCUUCUCAGAAUGUGCCAAGGGUCAAACAACAGACAGUGCAACGAUCAGUAUCAAAAACUUCAGCUGGGAGUACAGCAGAACCUAAAUCCUCCACCAAGGAGAGCCCCAGACAGGAUAGUGAUGGUGCAGAUACUCUGGAUCAAUCUGAUUUUGGCUUAAGCAUCUCAGGAAUCAGCAAAAGUGGAGGAGACGGCUCUCACCCAAGAAAGGGCCAAAUAAUUGACUACCACAAGAUGAUUCAGGAUGCUGUCAGAGUGUCACCAGAUGGAAUUCCCUUGAACAGCCUUAACUGUGAUCCAGAUCCAUCAGAACGAUUAUUGAAACCUCUUAGUGCUUUUACUGGCAUGACUGGUGAGAUGAGAGAACUUGCUGUGGUUGUAAGCAAAGACAUUUAUCUCCAUAAGCCAAAUGUGAAGUGGGAUGAUAUUAUAGGACUGAAUGCAGCUAAAAGGCUGGUCAAGGAAGCAGUUGUUUACCCCAUAAAGUAUCCAGAGCUGUUUACUGGCAUUCUGUCCCCUUGGAAAGGAUUAUUGCUCUAUGGACCACCAGGUACUGGAAAAACUUUGCUUGCUAAGGCUGUUGCCACAGAAUGCAAUACAACCUUUUUCAACAUAUCAGCCUCCACCAUUGUCAGCAAAUGGAGGGGUGAUUCAGAAAAACUUGUCCGGGUGUUGUUUGAGCUCGCCCGGUACCACGCUCCUUCCACAAUUUUCCUGGAUGAGCUGGAGUCAGUUAUGAGUCAAAGAGGCACUGUUCCUGGUGGUGAACAUGAAGGAAGUCGGCGGAUGAAAACGGAAUUACUGGUGCAGAUGGAUGGCCUGGCCCGAUCUGAUGAUCUUGUAUUUGUUUUAGCAGCUUCCAAUCUGCCAUGGGAGCUGGACUCUGCCAUGCUGCGGCGGCUGGAGAAGAGGAUCCUGGUGGACCUGCCGAGCGAGGAGGCACGGCGGGUGAUGAUCCAGCACUGGCUGCCCCCUCUGAGCAACAGCGGCGGCGUGAAGCUCAGGACGGAUCUGGACUACAGCCUGCUGAGCCAGGAAACAAAUGGAUACUCUGGCUCAGACAUAAAACUCGUGUGCAAGGAGGCAGCCAUGAGACCAGUGAGGAAAAUUUUCGAUGCUCUUGAAAAUCAUCAGCCAGGUAACAGUAACUUGCCCAUGAUCCAGCUGGACACAAUCACAACCGAGGAUUUCCUGGAUGUGAUCACCCACACCAAGCCAUCAGCAAAGAAUCUGAGCCAGAAGUACACGGCUUGGCAGAGGGAAUUUGAGUCUGUCUGACAGGAAAAAUCAAAAACCUCCAAGCCAUUUGCCAUCCAAAGUGGCCUCCAAAGGGUCAAAUGGUCAUGGGGAAGGGUUGUUUCAAGGAACAAAAUGCAGCGACAAGUGUCAGAGGGAAAUCUUUACUUUCAAAAUGCAGGGGUGGGUGAAGGUGUUGUGGUUAUUCUUUAUUCAAAAAAGUUCUUGGAGUUAGUGUGAUGGUACAAUCCUAUGCAACAAAGCCUGCAGCCUUAAUUUUAUGUAUAAAGACUUAAAAGAUUGAUUGAUUGAUUGAUUGA